AUGGCAGCCAACUAUUGGGUGUCAACACAGCGCCGUCACUGGCUCUUCUCCCGAGAGGGGCUGGUUGAUGUUCGCGAGAAGCUGAGGGAGAAAGACAAGUUGUCUCACACACAGUUUCCAUUGCCGGACCAACGACUACUGAACAUAUAUUUCAAUCAACAACUCACAAAGCUAGGCAAACGGAUGUCCACCAGACAACAAGCACUAGCAACGGCUCAAGUCUACAUUAAGAGGUUCUACACCAAGAAUGAAAUCCGGCAUACGAAUCCCUAUCUCGUCUUGUCGACGGCGUUCUACCUUGCCUGUAAAAUGGAAGAGUGCCCUCAGCACAUUCGAUUCGUCGUCGGCGAAGCCCGAGGACUCUGGCCAGGCAAAUCAGAUGUUCGCAUCACUAAAAGGCCGGUAGAUUUCAUCACUUCGGACGUUGCCAAGCUGGGGGAGUGCGAGUUUGCCCUGAUAUCCGAAAUGAAUUCACAGCUUAUCGUCCAUCAUCCGUACCGAACAUUGUCAGAACUACAGCCCGAGCUAUCGUUGACCUCGGAUGAAGUGGCUCUUGCAUGGUCAGUGAUAAAUGACCACUAUCUUACUGACCUACCGCUGUUGUAUCCCCCUCAUGUAAUUGCUGUCAUGGCAAUUAUCAUUGCUGUCGUCUUCAAACCCAGUCAAACGAGCUUCCAUGGGUCCGGUCCGCCGCCCUUGGCUGGAGCGAUGAGAGACGGAGCAGGAAUGAAUAUUCUCGCCGCGCUAGGAGAGAAAGGUGCCUCCGGCCCUCCACCACGAAUCCAGAAGCUCGUCGGCUGGAUUGCAGAAAGCGAAGUCGAUAUCAAAGCUGUAAUCGAAUGCACGCAGGAACUCGUGUCUCUAUACGAGGUAUGGGAGCAGUACAGUGAGAAAACGUGCAAGGAAUUGAUCGGAAGAGUCGUCAAAAGCAAAAACUUGGACAAGUAA